AUGGCGAAUCACUUGCAGGUCACCUGUUUUACAGCACUGGCUCUGUUAUGCUGCUUAACUGGAAGAGAAGCUGAGGCCCAGAACAUGCCCCCUCAAAAGCCUUACCACCCUCAGAAACCUCAGUAUCCUCCACAGUAUCCCCCUCAGUAUCCCCCUCAGUAUCCCCCUCAGCCCCCUUCGCACCCUCAACCCCCUUUUCCCCCUCAACCCCCUAUACCCCCUAUGCCCCCUCAACCUCCCGUGUAUCCGCCGUACCCUCAGCCACCUUUGUACCCUCCGUACCCUCCGUACCCUCAGCCACCUCCGUAUCCUAAAUAUCCUCCAAUCUAUCCUCCAAAGGAUAAGUUUCCUAUCUAUUUAGAUCAGUCUGAGAAGACUCCAAAUACUCCUCCUGAGACUACACCAACAGCAGCUCUUAAAUCCUGUGACGUGGAAACAAGUGUGCGUGUUCCUUGUGGAGUUUCUGAUAUCUCUUCUACAGACUGUGUGGCCAGAGACUGCUGCUAUGAUGGCCAGUCUUGCUUCUUUGGAAAAGGAGUGACAGUCCAGUGUACCAAGGAUGGACGGUUCAUUGUUGUUGUGGCCAAAGACGUCACUCAACCCAACAUUGACUUGGAAUCAAUCUCACUUUUGGGUGGAGGUGAAGGCUGUAAACAAGUUGACUCAAAUUCAGCUUUUGCCAUCUACUUUUUUCCUGUUACUGCCUGCGGCACUGUUGUCUUGGAGGAGACUGAUGCUAUAAUCUAUAAAAACACAAUGAUGUCUUCGUUUGAAGUAGGGGUUGGGCCUUCUGGUUCCAUUACCAGGGACAGCAGCUACCAGUUGAUCUUCCAGUGUAAGUACCAUGGUACUUCAGUUGAAGGCCUGGUUGUUGAGACGGCCCUUCCAAGUCCUCCUCUACCAAUUGCUGUUACUGGACCCACCACUGUCAGAAUAAGGCUGGCUAAUGGCCAGUGCACGGCCAAGGGUUGUAAUGAAGUGGAGGCUGCGUACACCUCCUUCUAUGCUGACACAGACUAUCCUGUGACCAAAGUCCUGAGGGAUCCAGUUUAUGUGGAAGUUCAGCUCCUUGAAAAGACAGAUCCUGUACUUGUUCUGACUCUUGGACGCUGUUGGGCAACCGCAAGCCCCGAGCCACACAGCCUCCCCCAAUGGGACAUUCUGGUUAAUGGAUGUCCAUAUGCAGAUGAUCGUUACCUCUCCUCACUGGUUCCAGUGGAUGCCUCCUCUGGUCUGGCUUUACCAACACAUUACCGACGAUUCAUUUUCAAAAUGUUUACCUUUGUAAAUCCUGAUAUGGUACCCCAACAGGGCACGAUGUACAUUCACUGCAGCACGUCGGUGUGCGUGUCAGGACAGGGUGUGAGCUGUGAACCAUCAUGUGCCAAAAAAGAAAAGAGAGACACAAAGGCCGUGGAAGAGAAGAAGGAUGAACCGAAGGUCGUGGUUUCAUCAAGAGAAGUGAUCAUGGUUGCUGCUUCCAAAUCGUAA